AUGGACGUCGAUUCUUCGUCGUCUUCGCCCUCGGAGCGGUUGUCGGUUGUGUGUUCUGCUUCAGCCGAGUAUAGCUCCAAUUCUUCUGAGCAUUCACCACACUCGAGAAGGAAUUCUGUCAAUGAGAGCGUCUUGAAGGACGAGCAGUACUGGGAACGCCGGCGGAAAAACAAUGACGCAUCGAAACGUUCCCGAGAAAAGCGAAGAAUAGGAGACAUG